AGGAUUUGGAUUCAUACCUUCAUCUGUGAUGAUGCUGAUGAAAAUCCCUCGUCUUCGGCCCUCGAUAAAUCACUUCCCGCCGCUGAGGCUGUUCGCCACAGCGGCCCCCAGGUCUCGGACCACGGAGAGGGUGAGGGGUACAGCGCCCGCCCAGAAUCCCCUGCAGGAGGCCCUGAGCUUUCAGGAUCCCAGCGCUUUCGGGGUGAAGAGUCUGGGGGAGCUGCUCCGUGCCCUGGGGGUCUUCCGCCUCUGCUCCUUCCCCGUCCUCGUUAACAACUGUGGGAAGUUGAUGUCUGUGGCGAGGACUCUGCUGGGACGGAGGGGGUUCUCCAUGGUCCUGCGGCCCUCCGUCUACGCCCAGUUUGUGGCCGGGGAGAGCGAGAGCGAGAUCGCCCAGUCCAUGGAGAAGAUGAACUCUCUGGGACUGAGGCCCAUGCUGGCGGUACCCAUAGAAGAGGAUCUGGGUGAGAGCAGCGGUGAGAAGAGAUAUGAGGACAACAUGGCGGCCAUGUUGGAAUGCGUGCGCAUGUCUCACAGCAAUGCUUGGAGCAAAGAUCCCAUGAUGCAGCUGAAGAUCACGGCCCUGCUCAGCCCGGAGCUUUGUGUUAAACUCACCUCCCUCCUCUCCAAACAACAAGGCCUGUACAAUCUGGAUCUCCUGGUCAAGGGUAUGAAUGGAGAGCCAAUCAUCUUCCCCGGUUUGGAUACGGAAGAGAAUGCCCACUUCCUAUGUGGCCUGCAGAGGCUCAACAGAAUAGCAGAGGCCAGCGCCAAGAAGGUCCGAGUCCUGGUUGACGCAGAGUACACAUACAUGAACCCCGCCCUCUGCAUCGUCACCAUGGCGAUGAUGAAGAAAUUCAACCGAGACGGCGCCUGGAUCUGGAACACGUACCAGUGCUACCUAAAGGAGUCCAGGUCUCUCCUACAGGAGGCCCUGCAUCUGUCCAAAACUCAGUCUUUCUGUCUGGGGGUAAAGCUGGUGAGAGGAGCCUACAUGGACAAGGAGAGAAAGUUGGCUGAGAAAGAAGGUCGCCCUGAUCCCAUCCACCAGAGCUGGGAAGACACUAAUGACAGUUACAACAGCUCCAUGGAGGUCAUGCUGGAGGUCAUCUCCCAGAAUCCUCAGCGGUACCGCAUCAUUGUGGCCACGCACAAUGAGGAAUCGGUCCGACGGGCCGCCACAAGGAUGGCAGAUCUGGGGAUUGAUCAGAACGGCGGGUCGGUUUGCUUCGGUCAGCUGUUGGGGAUGUGUGACCAUGUUUCCCUCACGCUGGCUCAGCGAGGUUACGCCGUCUACAAGUCGGUGCCGUACGGCUCGGUCGACGACACGCUGCCCUACCUGGUGCGCCGGGCGCAGGAGAACCGCACCGUGCUGCAGGGCAUCCGCAAGGAGAGAGACCUCCUGAGACAGGAGCUACACAGGCGGAUCCGCACGGGGCUGGGGGGGGGGGCAGUAGGUGAGGUGGGGAGGGGGGUGGGCAAGUAG